AUGAUUCCCCCCCCCCCCUCUCGCCGCAGCCCGUCAGGCAAGGCGGAUGUGUGGGUGAAGGAUCCGCGGCUGCUCCGUCCGGCGGUGCUCUCCUCUCGUCACGGUGCUCGGCAGGUUUCGGGAAUAAUCCUGCUGGUGUCCAAGCUUGCACACCCAGGGACCCUGCACGGCCCUCGCAAGUGCAAAAAAAGAGAAAAGCAAUUUGAUUGGGAAAGUCCCAUCACUAACGCACUGCCUAUCUCCCUUGAAGAAAAGGAAGACAGAGGCAAGCAGGAGUUUGUGCACGGCGGCAACACGUGUUGGACCAGUAUGGACAGCAUGAAGCAGAAGCAGCAGAGACCAUCAGUGCUGCGUCAGGUUUCCAUAAUGGCCUCCAGACAACAACGUGAAAAUAGCACAUCUCAUGCCAUCGCCAUCUGCAAGGAGGAGGCAGAUGCGACCCGGUCCUCUUCACCACACAUGGGCUCCUCUCCCAGCCAAAGCCACCACUUGCUGCCCUCGAGGAGAGACGGUCCAAAGCAGAGCUCCAUAGAGGCCAGGCUUCAUGAUAGCAUCUCAGAGGGCACCAAUGCUCUGUUUGUGAGUGGCCUCUGCCGCUGGCCUGGCUGUGACGCAGCUUCUGAAGAUUUCCCUAGUUUCUUAAAACAUCUUCAUUCUGAACACAGUCAUGGUGAAAGAAGCAUUGCUCAGUGGAGGAUCCAGCAGGAUAUUGUUCAGUGCAUGGAGAGUCAGCUCAUCCUCGAAAAACAGAAACUCAUUGCGAUGCAACUCCAUCUGCGCCUCUCUGAACACAAAUACACUGAUUUGAAGGCAGCUGCUGAUUGGCCGUACAGCCUUCCUCUGUUCCUGCCCCAGGCACCUGUAGCAGAGGGAGACAGAGUGCAACAGUGGGGCAUUAAACAUCUGGAGGAGUUGAGCCAGCAUGGCUUCAGAGCUGCUGCUUCUUCCCACAUUCUGCCAGAUUUGGUUCCCAGUAUGGAGUGUUACAAAUACAAUAACAUCAGACCUCCGUACACCUACGCCUACCUGAUAAGAUGGUCUAUUCUGGAGUCUCCAGACAAACAGCGCACUCUGAAUGAGAUUUACAACUGGUUCACCACCAUGUUCUUCUACUUCAGACACAACACUGCCACCUGGAAGAAUGCCGUGCGUCACAACCUCAGCCUGCACAAGUGUUUUGUGCGGGUGGAGGGAGGGAAGGGAGCUGUGUGGACGGUGGAUGAAACAGAGUACCAGAGAAGGAAGGGACAGAAGUUUCACAGGGACUGUCCUGUGAAGUGGCUCACAUCGUAUUAUUGACCUCAGAACAACCAGCAGGUGGCAGCACUGAGUUGUUCCUUUGUAACCCAGUAUCUGGAGUCACGUCCACGUGUUCUGCUUUACUGUAUACACAGCUGCAUGAUGAACUGAAGAAUGUGUGGAGAUGUC